CCAGAGUGCCAAGCACCCGCGCCGACUAGAGCCAAGCACACACUUCGAGAGGGUAUCGGGGCUCCCCUCCCGCGCCCCGGGAACUUCAAAGCGGGUCCGCACUGCCCUGGCUGCCCCGCUGCGCUCUGGGGCCUCGCCGAGCCCAGGCGCGGCUGCCUGGUGGCCAUGAACCUGGGGCUGCGCUCCGCGCUCCGCCACGCUUUCCUGCUGUGUGCCGUGGCCGCCGAGCUCUCGGCAGGACUGAAGUGUGUGUGCCUUUUGUGUGACUCCUCAAACUUCACCUGCCAAACAGAAGGAGCAUGUUGGGCCUCAGUCAUGCUAACCAAUGGGAAGGAGCAGGUGAUCAAAUCUUGUGUGUCUCUCCCAGAGCUAAAUGCCCAAGUCUUUUGUCAUAGUUCCAACAAUGUUACCAAAACUGAAUGCUGCUUCACAGAUUUUUGCAACAACAUAACACUACAUCUUCCAGCAGGAUCACCACGUGCUCCCAAACUUGGACCCACAGAGCUGACCAUUGUUGUUACUGUGCCCGUUUGCCUCCUGUCCAUAGCUGCCAUGCUGACACUAUGGGCGUGCCAGGACCGGCAGUGCACUCACAGGAAGAAAAAGAGAUCGAAUGUGGAGGAAGCGCUUUCUGAGUGCAACCUAGGAAAUGCCGGAAAAACCCUGAAAGAUCUGAUCUAUGAUGUGACUGCCUCAGGAUCUGGCUCUGGUCUGCCCCUCUUGGUUCAAAGAACAAUUGCGAGGACGAUUGUACUUCAGGAAAUAGUAGGGAAAGGCAGAUUUGGUGAGGUGUGGCAUGGCCGGUGGUGUGGUGAAGAUGUAGCUGUGAAGAUAUUCUCCUCCAGAGAUGAGAGAUCGUGGUUUCGCGAGGCAGAAAUCUACCAGACCGUAAUGCUGCGACAUGAAAACAUCCUUGGCUUCAUUGCUGCCGACAACAAAGAUAAUGGAACCUGGACUCAGCUCUGGCUUGUAUCUGAGUACCAUGAACAGGGUUCCCUGUAUGACUACUUGAACAGAAACAUAGUGACUGAAGCUGGAAUGGUCAGACUGGCGCUUUCAAUAGCUAGCGGUCUGGCCCACCUCCAUAUGGAGAUUGUUGGGACACAAGGAAAACCUGCCAUUGCUCAUCGAGAUAUAAAGUCAAAAAACAUCCUGGUGAAAAAGUGUGAAACAUGUGCCAUUGCCGACCUUGGGCUGGCUGUAAAGCACGAUUCGGUACUGAACACCAUUGACAUACCUCAGAACCCAAGGGUGGGAACCAAGAGGUACAUGGCUCCAGAAAUGCUGGAUGAUACAAUGAACUUGAGUAUUUUUGAGUCCUUCAAAAGAGCUGAUAUCUAUUCUCUUGGUCUGGUUUACUGGGAAAUAGCCCGAAGGUGUUCAGUUGGAGGAAUUGUUGAGGAAUAUCAGUUGCCUUAUUAUGACAUGGUGCCUUCAGACCCCUCAAUCGAGGAAAUGAGGAAGGUUGUUUGUGAUCAGAAGUUUCGACCCAGUAUUCCAAACCAGUGGCAAAGCUGUGAAGCACUCCGGGUCAUGGGAAGAAUAAUGCGUGAGUGCUGGUAUGCCAAUGGCGCAGCACGUCUGACAGCCCUUCGAGUUAAGAAGACCAUAUCUCAACUUUGUGUCAAGGAAGACUGCAAAGCCUAAUUAUGAUAGUCAUGUCCCAAUGAAAUCUCUCACAGCUUUCUUUCUGGCUUUUCUGCUUUACUUGUGAAUGAUUUUUUUGUUGUUGUUGUUUUUGUUUGGUUUAGUUUGGUUCUACCUCAAAGAUAAUUCAGAACAGUAUUUAAGUGGCCAAAGGAAGCAUGGAAAGAUGACUUGAAGUUUUGCAUGGACAGACGUUGACUCUACCCAAUCUCCAUGUUGUCUUUGAUUUUACUUUGAAAAGUGGCAUGCCAACUCAUUUUUUUAUUUGAUGAGAAAGACAUUAUGGAAGUAUAAAAUAAGCUAUAUAAGAUAAUAAAAGUCAUGAAAGGCUUUAUCUUUUCACUUGAACCAAGAGCAUAUGAAUGAAUAGAGACAAACAUAGAGCUUUUCUGAGAUGAAAACAUAUUCAUCAGAAAUGUGGACUAGAAUGUGUAGCUAAACAAUUUAAAUCAUGCAAUCUACACUUGUUCAUGUUUAAAUUAACCGGAUUCUGAAAAAAUAAACAUUGCUCUGACUUAAAUAUAUGAAACAGGUUCAGGUGUGCAGACUCCUGCUUGUUAGUUCACUCCUCCUUGUUCCCAUACCCUUCAAAACUGACUACUACAGCGUUCCUUAAAGAAAUAGUUUGAAAGUGACAUAAGUCAUUACUUUCUCUGGUUUAUACGCCUGACAUCUGGAAACACUGAUAGGUUUUCCAAUGUUAUACAACUAAUUGCAGAGCUGGCAAUUGGUUUAAAUCUUGUGGCAAUUGACAAUGGGGUGCUAGAUCCAAUUCUCUCGAAUUCUUAUAGUACUUUUCUCCCCAUGUAGAAAAUCCCUCCAAUUAUGACCUUUGUAGUUUAGUUACAUAGGAAGCACACUAAUUCUGUAGAAUCACAAUGGCCCUACAGGAAAUCUCAUAACCAGAUCUAUCAAUAUUUUCUUCAUAGACAUGACAUAGUUGCCCCAUUUAGUAAUGAGCAUUAAUGUUUCCAGAACACUUCCAAAGAUGAAUCAAACAUGAAUAUCUAUUGUCUGAAGAUACAUUAUUUUUUAAAAGCAAUUCUAAGCUCUCUAUUAUUUCUGAACACACAAGGACUGAAAAGAAGGAGGAAGUAAAUAUUUUGAGAAAAAUUAAGAAAAUUAUUCAAAGACUCUAACAAUCAAUCCCUACAAAGAAUAUCAGCACUAGCCAUUUAAGAGAAACAGGUGAGUACAGUCAAACUGGUGAAUGUUGAUUGCAACACUAAACAUUUCUUUUCAGUCAGUAAUACUGCUUUACUGAAGGAGAUUUAACACAUCUUUUAUUCUUCCCAAACUCUGUUCCUAAGAACAUUCUUUUGUUGAGAUGAUCUAAGAACAAAGGUGUUCUUUCAUAAUGUCUCCAAGAGUGGAAAAGUACAUUAGCAUAUCAUGUGCUUUGAAGAAUCUAGCAGUAAAGAUAAGUUACUUGAUUUCUUUUUCUUAAAGACUGGAUUUCUCAAGAUUAUUUGAUCACCAUGAAAUUCUAAAAGCCAGGGAAAACUUAACUAUUCCUUAUUUAAGCAUUGGCAAAACACUGCUUGGGUAGCAGUAUUAUAAAAGAUAUGUAUAAUUUAGUGAUGUUACUUCAUUUCACUGUGGACAUAUGUUACCGAACACAUCUCCAUGUGAUUAACUUGAGAUAAGAAAGUCAGAAAAUUGACAGCUGUGGGGUUUGCGUAUACUUUGAUUUUCAUUCAUUUAUUCAUCCAUUUAUUAAAUAAAAAUGGAGCACCCCUUGUCUUGCUUGCCACAAUAUUGGGUACAAGUGAGAAUAAAAAGAUAGAUGGGUCCUGCCCUCAGGGAUUUUAAAGUCUAAUUUGGGAAUGGGAACAAAGAUGCAAACAGGUGGAGGAAGAAAGUAAGUUGACAGAUAAAAUACAAAGUGGGAUGUCUUGAGUUCUCCAUGACAGUGGGUUUCUAGAAUAGGUCUGAAAAUCACUUCAAUUUGCAACACAUUUAGCAAGAACCUUUAUUUAGAUAUUACAGUCUAAAUAUAUCAUCAUUUUGUAAAAGUGCCUAUGUGAAGGGAUCUUAAAAAGAACUUAUGUGAAAGGGUAAUAUUACUCAUGUUUGUUACCUUAUUUCUCACAGAUUGCUUCUUCAAGAAGGCGGAUGAGAUUAUUUAUGAUGGCUGUACUGUAGUCUUAAGUAAGAAUAAUAUUUCCUGUUUUAUUUGUUCCUGUUAGGUGAAUAUACUUAGUGA